AUGCCCUUCCCGAGACGUCCUGCUAAACUCGUCACAGUGCUGAUGCUGAAGAGGGUUCUCGAAGGAAAAAAUGCAAAGGUGCUUUUAGUGCUACCUUACGUUGCUCUCGUACAAGAGAAAGUGCGAUGGCUUCGGAACAUCGUUCAAGGGGUGCCCAAGCUCGUAGACGAAAUUGAUGAUGAAAAGCGGAUCUGGAGGCGGCGUGCUGACGAAGAUUCCAUCAGGGUCAUUGGAUUCUUUGGAGGUAGCAAGGUCAAGCCUACAUGGGCUGAUUUUGAUAUCGGUGUCUGUACUAUCGAAAAGGCGAAUGCACUCGCAAACACUGCCAUCGACGAUUGUUCGAUCAAGCACUUGAAAGCCGUUGUUUUAGAUGAGCUUCACAUGAUCGAUGAUGACCACCGCGGAUACCUCAUGGAACUGAUGGGGACAAAGCUGCUCAGUCUACCCCAGCCAGUCCAAAUUAUUGGCAUGAGCGCUACAAUGUCUAACAUCAAUCUUUUGGCUAAUUGGCUGGGAGCUCACUCUUACGAAACACGGUACCGGCCGGUGCCAAUCGAAGAGCAUCUCGUCUACGAAGGAAACAUCUACCCUGCCGCCACAACGAGCGAGCUGCUCAAAACGGCUAAUGAGCUGAAGACGCAGCAGCUUGAAAAUACCAGGGCUAUAAGGCGCAUCGAGUCGUCAGAUCACAAGGAACUCAAAGAUCCCGUGCUGAAUGCAGUUGUCUCCCUUGCCAGCGAGACUGCCAGGUCUGGCUACGGUGUGCUGGUCUUUGCGAGCAGUCGUCCUGGGUGCGAAUCAGAUGCUCGCUGGAUCGCUAGGGUUAUGCCCGCCUCACACGAACUUGACCCUGCCCUGGUUGACAAAAGAAUCGAUCUACUUGCUGAGUUGCGAAGUCUCGGAACCGGAAUAGACCCUGUCCUCGAAGAGACGGUUCCUGCGGGAGUUGCCUUCCAUCACGUAGAGGAGCGCGAGAUCAUUGCCAGUGCCUAUGAUUCCGGUGUCAUCAAAGUAUGCAUAGCUACCUGCAGCCUCGCUGCGGGUAUCAAUUUACCUGCUCGAAGGGUUAUACUUCAUAAUGCCCGCAUGGGGCGAGACUUCGUCGGCCCAUCUAUGCUGCGGCAAAUGCGCGGACGUGCUGGUCGCAAGGGCAAAGACGAAGUCGGAGAAACCUACUUGUGUUGUCGAAAAGACGAUCUUGAGCAGGUGGUGGACCUGAUGCAUGCAGACAUGCCCCAAAUCACGAGCGGCUUGAUAACAGAUAAGCAGCGCAUACAGAGGGCAUUACUCGAGGUCAUCGCGGUACGGCUUGCAACUAGUAAAGAUGCCCUGGAUGACUAUUUGAGCAAGACCUUGCUAGCACACGCUGGACCACCGGAGCCAUUGCAAGAAUGUGUUGAGACGAGUCUUAGGAACCUCCAAUCAAUGGGGUUCAUUACGGCGGACGUACUCGGCAACUAUCAACCCACGAAAUUGGGUCACGCCAUUGUAGCCUCUGCCUUGGAUCCCGAUGAUGGGGUGUUUAUUCACAAAGAGUUGGAGAAGGCGCUCCAAGCCUUCGUAAUGGACGGCGAGAUGCAUAUUCUUUACACAUUCACGCCUGUCCACGAUUUCGGCACCAACAUCAAUUGGCAAGUAUUCCGCAACGAAAUGGAGAACCUCGACGAUAGCGGACACCGCGUGCUCGGGUUUCUCGGGCUUAAACGUGCUGUGAUCAACCGAUUGGCACAAGGUAGUACACUGAAGGAGACGACACCCGAGGAAAAGGAAAUCGUCCGUGUACACCGUCGGUUCUACUUGGCCUUUCAGUUACGAGACUUGUGCAACGAAGUGCCGGUCCACGCCGUUGCGCGCAAGUACGAUGUGCCUCGUGGCGCGGUUCAAAACCUUUCGCAGACCUGCCACGGUUUCGCAGCUGGCAUGAUCAAAUUUUGUGAGCAUAUGGGCUGGGGCGUCAUGUCUGCUGCGUUGGACCAUUUCUCGGAUCGGUUGAGAGCAGGCGCAAAGUCGGACUUGUUGGCCUUAGCACAGAUUACCUUCGUAAAGAGCCGGACCGCGAGAGUUUUCUGGGAAAACGGCUUUCGAAGCGUCGCGGCUGCGCAACCGAGCAAGCUUCGAAUCAAAGGGCAGGAGAAUAUCAAGUAUGAAGAGAAGCUUAUGGCCAAGGCUCAGGUCAUUUCGAACUCGGCCAACCGACUAUGGCAAAUGCAGAUGCAACAAGAGGUUUAUGAGGAAGAAGGAUGA